AUGCCUAAAAGCAGUAAAGUGUCUCAGCGAGAGCAUGGCAACCAACCUGUCACAGAAUCUGUUGCUGACUUAUUGGCCCAUGAGGAACCAAUUGAUCACAAGGCGAGCGCUCUUAAUGUUUCUGGUGAGGAGAGUAGAGCAAAAGAGCUGGAAGAUACAGAAUUAGAAGACAGACCAGCAUGGAACAACAAGCUACAAUACAUAUUAGCACAAAUUGGAUACUCUGUGGGUCUGGGGAACGUUUGGCGAUUUCCAUAUCUGUGCCAGAAAAAUGGUGGAGGAGCAUACAUGGUUCCCUACCUGAUUUUACUCCUUUUGAUUGGCAUCCCUCUCUUCUUCCUUGAACUGGCUGUGGGGCAGAGAAUCCGCAGAGGUAGCAUCGGCGUAUGGAAUUACAUAUGUCCUCGGCUUGGAGGAAUUGGCUAUGCGAGCUGUCUUGUCUGCUUCUUUGUUGGGCUCUACUAUAAUGUUAUCAUUGGUUGGAGCAUAUUCUACUUCUUCCAGUCCUUCCAGUAUCCUUUGCCAUGGAGUGAAUGUCCAAGUGUGAAAAAUGGUUCAGUUAUCUUAGUGGAAGCGGAAUGUGACAAAAGUUCAGCUACAACGUACUUCUGGUAUCGGGAAACUUUGGAUAUCUCAAACUCUAUAUCAGAAGGAGGAGGUCUUAACUGGAAGAUGACCAUAUGUCUGUUCAGUGCUUGGUGUAUUGUGGGAUUGGCUAUGAUAAAAGGCAUACAGUCAUCAGGCAAGGUAAUGUACUUCAGCUCCCUCUUUCCUUAUGUGGUUCUGAUAUGCUUCCUCGUCCGAGGAUUAUUACUCAGAGGAUCUGUUGAUGGUAUCCUUCAUAUGUUAACUCCAAAGGUUGAGAAGAUGCUGGAUCCACAAGUGUGGAGGGAGGCAGCAACUCAAGUUUUCUUUGCUCUAGGUCUUGGGUUUGGUGGUGUCAUUGCUUUUUCAAGUUACAAUAAGCAAGAUAAUAACUGCCAGUUUGAUGCAGCGCUUGUCUCUUUCAUCAACUUCUUCACUUCUGUACUGGCUACUUUGGUUGUAUUUGCUGUCCUUGGCUUCAAAGCCAAUAUGAUGAAUGAGAAAUGUGUAGUACAAAAUGCAGAAAAGAUUCUUGGCUACUUGAAUUCUGGCAUUCUGAGCCAUUUCCUUAUACCACAGCAUGUGAACUUUUCUCACUUGACAACUGCAGAUUAUGCAGACAUGUAUGAAGUCAUUAAAAAGGUAAAAGAAGAUGGUUUUCAAGAUCUCCAUCUGGACGCCUGUUUACUAGAGGAUGAACUAGAUCAGGCAGUACAAGGAACCGGAUUGGCUUUCAUUGCAUUCACAGAGGCAAUGACUCACUUUCCAGCUUCUCCUUUUUGGUCCGUCAUGUUUUUCUUAAUGCUAAUUAACCUUGGUCUAGGAAGUAUGAUUGGCACUAUGUCUGGUAUUACUACUCCUCUUAUUGACACUUUUAAAGUCCGAAAAGAAGUUUUGACAGUCAGCUGUUGCAUCCUUGCCUUCCUGCUGGGCUUGAUCUUUGUUCAGCGUUCUGGAAAUUAUUUCGUCAACAUGUUUGAUGAUUACUCUGCCACACUACCACUCACCAUUGUGGUUAUCCUGGAAAACAUUGCAGUAGCUUGGGUGUAUGGCACAAAGAAAUUCAUGCAGGAGCUUACAGAGAUGCUUGGAUUUCGUCCAUACUCCUACUACUUUUAUACAUGGAAGUAUGUUUCCCCAAUUUUUAUGGCAAUUCUGCUUUUGGUUAGUGUAAUUCAACUAGCAUUCAGCCCGCCGGGAUACAGUGCUUGGAUCAGACAACUGGCUGAAGAACAAUAUCUGUUGUAUCCCCCAUGGGCUUUGUCAUUAUUGAUUUGUCUCAUAAUAUUAGCAAUCCUUCCAGUGCCUCUCGUCUUCAUUCUCUGGCAAUUUCAACUGAUACCCGAUGGCUCCAAUAGAUUGUUAGUGUCCUACAAGAAAGGUCGUAUGAUGAAAGAUAUCUCCAAUUUGGAAGAUAAUGACGAAACUCGCUUUAUCCUGAGUAAAGUGCCUAGUGAGGCCCCAUCUCCAAUGCCAACCCAUCGCUCGUACUUGGGCCCAGAAAAUGCUUCUCCUUUGGAUUUGGGUGGAGCAUCAAAUGGACGGUAUGGAAGUGGAUAUCUAAUGGCAACCACUCCUGAAUCCGAAUCGUGA